AACUGUGUAAAACCAGCAGCACAAAGGAGGAGCAGAGAGCAAGAGUGUAAUCAGGGCUGUCGGAAAGCUUCCCAGGCUGUUAGACGAAGAACCUGAGAGACUCAUUUAUUCUGUUGGAGGAAGGUGGACCAAGGGAAGGAAAAUGACGAAAUAUGAAUAAUAAUAUGAAAGAAAAUCACAUUAUUCCAGAAACAGAGAGUGAGGCACUUCUGCUCCUGGAAGGAAACAAGAUGCUGCUGCACGGCCUGGGCCCCGUGAGCGCUGGGACUCGUGUGACAGCUUUGCUUCUUUGGAGCUGAAACAACCAAGAAACCCAGGAGGGUCAAACAAAAGAUCACAUGGACACCCUCUCUGAUGGAGCUGAAUUAGAAAAAAAAAUCACCACCAGCCUUGGAUUUAUUGGUAUCUCCUGGUAAUUUGGACUCUUGAGCGUAAAGGAGCCACAACUGACUGAUUUAUCUGAGUAAGUAAAAGUAACCCCGUGUCUUGUGAAGAGAGACUGGGCGGGGGAGGGGAAGAGCCUCCAGCCUGGAUCUCUGUCCUUUGGGAGGGAUCCUCUUAAUGGGCUUUUAACCCCCAAAACAAAUACGUCAAGAGAGAGGACAUAAAUCACACUGGCCACGUGCAGCUGUUCACUCCACAACAGUUGGAAAAGAAUUAUCUGCAGUAAUGGCUUGAGUGUGCUCUGGUUUUUGCCUUUCAUUCAUUGUGCAAGGGGGACAGCUCAUUCUUUAAGAGACCCCCGGCUCUCCAACCCAUGAUGUACAACGUUACCCCUACGCAAUCAGCAAACUGCACCAAGAACGAUGACUUCAAGUACCCCCUGUACAGCACAGUCUUCAGCAUCGUGUUCGUGAUCGGGCUCAUCACCAACGUCGUGGCCAUGUACAUCUUCACCUGCUCCCUCAAGCUGAGGAACGAGACCACCACCUACAUGAUGAACCUGGUGGUGUCCGACCUGCUGUUCGUCUUCACGCUGCCCUUGCGGGUCUUCUACUUCAUCAACAAGAACUGGCCCUUCGGCGCGCCGCUCUGCAAGAUCUCCGUCUCGCUCUUCUACACCAACAUGUACGGCAGCAUCUUCUUCCUCACGUGCAUCAGCGUGGACCGCUUCCUGGCCAUCGUGCACCCGUUUCGCUCCCGGACGCUCAGGACCAAGCGCAACGCCCGGAUAGUGUGCGUGGCGGUGUGGGCGCUGGUGCUGUCGGGGAGCCUCCCCACGGGCUUUCUGCUGAACAGCACCACGAAAAACCCGGACAACGUCACCUUCUGCUUCGAGAACUUCUCGUCCAAACAGUGGAAGUCCCACCUGUCCAAGGUGGUGAUCUUCAUCGAGACGGUGGGCUUCCUCGUCCCGCUGCUGCUGAACGUCGGUUGCUCCAUCAUGGUGCUGCAGACGCUAAGGCGGCCUCAAACUGUCAGCCGCGGGGGGAAAGUGAAUAAAAAGAAGGUCCUGCGCAUGAUAAUCGUGCACCUCUCCAUUUUCUGCUUCUGCUUCAUCCCCUACAACGUGAACUUGGUGUUUUACGCGAUGGUUCGCACCAAAACCUUGGACGGCUGCUUCGUGGAGUCGGUGGUCCGUACCAUCUACCCGAUAGCUCUUUGCAUCGCCGUCUUCAACUGCUGCUUCGACCCCAUUGUUUACUACUUCACCUCGGAGACCAUCCAGAACUCCAUCAAGAGGAAGUCUCAGUCCAGCCGCUCCUGUGACGUCAAGUUCACGGAGGCCCUGCAGUCAGAGACCACCAGCAACCUGCAGUCCAGCCUGAGAAACCUCAAAGCUAAGGUCUUUCACAGCGAGUCCUCCGUGUGAACUCUGAGGCCGCCGUGUAAAGUCUCUCCAGCCGUUUACAGUCGCUUUUCCAUAAAACAAUGAAGGGUCCUUGGAGUGCUUUUUCUUGUUUUGAUUUUCAACUCAGGGCAAACGUUUGUGGAUUUAAAAAGCUUCUGCUCUGCAGGACGUCACCUCAAGUCUGGAUUUGUUAUGACUACUUAACUUCUCUUCCUGUGGAACGAACUGUUACUGUGUUGAACACAACUACUCAUGCCACUGAUGCAGAAAGUAAUUCACUGUGCUCUCUGAACUGCAGGACAGUUGUAAUAUUUACACGUUUGUAUAUUUGUUUAUGUCUGCUAACUUUAGAGUAUUAUCUAUUAAAUUAACAAAAAUGUAUAACAACUCAUCCAAGUGCGACUUACAAAAAAAAAAAAGCCACCCUGUAAUUUACAAUUACGAGUCUUUUAUUUAGGAAUUGUGAAUUACAGAAGGUAAAGUUGCCUUUUUUCAUGAUUGUUCUGAUGACAUUUCAUUUUAAACGUGUUACUGAAUGCACUGACAAAGUUUCUCAUAUUGCACUCACAUUAUCAAAGCCAUUUUCUCUCUAAAACAAACUGCACAGAAACUUUUUCUCACUUCAAUUGGUUUUAAACAAGUGUUUCAGUUUUUAAAUAAUACGCUUAACCUAAAUGUAAAUGAAUUCUGCAAAAAACACGGUUUUAAAAUAAAUAUAAAAGUGA